UAUAUAAUGUUGUGUCUCUCAGUAACGUUUAAAAGUCCAAGCAGGAUCAAUCCAAUUUAAAAUUAUUACGAUCGAUUUUAAUAAAAGUAUUUUAUAAAAGUAUUUUAUUAAAAGUAUAGUGCGAACUAUUUAUUAAAAAUUAAAUUACACAUUAGAGGUCAAAAAGAGUUUCUAAAUUAAUCAUUUAAUAAGAAGAUUGAGGUCUUUUGUGCAUUUUUAUUUUGAAUUUUAAUCAAAUAUUUAAUUAUCUUUGAUUAAUUCUUUGAUUAUUUGGAAGAAGAAAAACAAGUAAAUAAGAAAAAAUGUCAUUAUAUAUGAAAUUGUCUAUAUUCAUAAUGAAUAUUAUUAGUAUAUUUAUACGACCUAUAUUGUGGUUUAUGUAUAGAAAAAGACUACCGAAUAUACCUCCAAUUAAAAAUCCUUUAUUAAGAUUAAGUGCAACUACAAUAGCAAGAAAGAUCAGAAACGGAGAUCUUAAAAGCGAGACAAUAGUGAAAGCAUAUAUUGAUCGUAUCCAAGAAGUAAAUCCUUUUAUAAACGCAGUAAUAGAAAACAGGUUCGAGCUAGCUAUAAAUGAAGCAAAAUUAUACGAUGAACAGUUGAAAAGUGGAAAAUUUAUUAUACACAUAUUGGAAAAGGAAAAACCACUUUAUGGUGUACCAAUUACUAUUAAAGAAAGUUGUUGUCUAUCAGGAAUGAGUUAUACUGGAGGUUCCUUAUUAAGAAAGGGAACAAAGGCUUUAGCAGAUGGAUCUACAGUAAAAAUAAUAAAAGAUGCUGGAGCCAUUCCUUUGUUAGUUAGUAAUACCUCUGAAUUCUGUACAAGUCUACAUAGUUAUAAUUUUCUUUAUGGUCAUACAUUAAAUCCAUAUGAUAGAAGAAGAACACCAGGAGGAUCAUCAGGAGGUGAGGCAGCAUUACUUGGUGCAGGAGCAUCACUCAUAGGACUUGGUUCGGAUAUAGCUGGUUCCAUAAGGAUACCAUCUCUCUUUUGUGGUAUUUUUGGUCAUAAACCCACUGCAGGUAUUGUUUCUACCGCUGGUCAUUUGCCUUCAGUCACUGGAAAUAUCAAUUACAUGUUAGUGAUGGGACCAAUGACAAGAUAUGCGGAAGAUCUUAAUUUGAUGAUGAAUGUGUUAACUUCCAAAUGCGAAAAACCUUUACAUUCAUACGAUUCCAUUGAAUUAAAAAAUCUAAAAGUUUUUUAUUUAGAUAGCUUUCCUGAUAUAAAAUUAUCUUCAAAGGAAAUAAUUGAGAUAGUCUAUAAAGCUUCACAAUAUUUAAUAAACAAAGGUGCUAUUGUGCAAAGAUUUCCAAAAGACAAGCUGAAAAACAUAUUAUACAUGACAUUCUCUUUAUUUUCUGAAUUAAAAGAACUUAAUCUAAUAGAGGGAAGAAAUUCAGUUCUUGAAAUGGGAAAAUCAAUAAUGGGAUUAUCAUCGUUUACGCAAACAUGUUGUCUUAUACAAAUGUUCAUAGACAAAAAUGCAUUUAUAUCAAUUUCAAAGAAACAAUAUUAUAUUAAUGCUACAAAAGAACUCACUCGAGAGAUGAAUGAUAUAUUAAAAGAUAAUGGAAUAUUAAUAUGCCCGUCCUAUUUUCGUACAGCAUCUUUUCCACAAACAAUGAUUUUUGAAAUAAAUAAUUGCAUAUAUAGUUCAUUAGCAAAUAUAACGGGUUUACCUUCAACGCAGAUACCAAUGGGUAUGGAUAAAAAUAGAUUACCAAUCGGAUUUCAAGUAAUAUCUGCAACUAAUCAAGAUUAUCUUUGUCUACUAAUUGCCAAAGAAUUUGAACAAAUAUAUGGUGGUUGGAUUUCUCAUUGA